GCAAUUACUCUUGGUAUUGAAAAAGAGGAGUACCACAAAGCUUUUGAGGAUUGGUGGAAAAGGCUACAACUUUGCAUAGAUAAAGAUGAUUUGUGGAAUAAAAUACAAAUGAUAUGGAAUCAGAUUGAUGUUGAUUUCUGUUUAAAAUUAAUUGAUACUAUGCCACAAAGAAUAGCAGAUGUUCUCAAAGCUAGUGGAGGAUACACAAAGUGGUAA